AUGGGAUUACACCAACGUGACCACUGUCACCUUAUUAAAGAAAUCAGUAGCUCAAAUUCUACUAAAUAUAGUUUUCAGGAUGUUGAAAACAAAAUUGAACCACGACUAAAAAAAACCCCGAAAAAUCAAGGACCAAAGCCAAACCGUCCACCAACAAAUGGACCCUUUGGUAAUCCUAUAAUAGUCAAUUUAGUUAAAAGUAAACAAACUAAACAAUCAAACACUGUUCAACAAGACAAUGUUGUUUCAUUAAUUCAAGUCGGACUUGGAGGAAUAGGGAAUGGAAUUAAAAAGAGAGAUCCAAAAAGAAAUCCUCAAAAUCGACAUCCAACGGGACGUCCAAAUGAAGGCCCAAAGGAAAAUCAAACUGCAGGAAGUCCACAAUUCAUUAAUGUAGCUCUUGAUACAGGCUCUAAUGACUUUGUUGUAACCAGUCAACUUUGCAAAAGAUCAAACUGUAACAAUCGUAUAAAUAUCUUUGAUUCGACAAAGUCAAAAUCUUUUAUAGGUUCAAAGUUUAAAAGUGGUGGCGCAAUAAAAUAUAUUGAUGGAUCUAGAGUUUCUGGACAAUCUGGUACUGAUCUUCUUUCAUUUAGUACUUCUCAAACUAAAUUUCCGAAAACAAAAAUUAUCUUAGCUCAGCAAAUAACUGGUGUGCUUGGGAAAGAAGCUGCGUUUGAAGGUGUUAUGGGAUUAGGAUUUAAAUCUCAGGCAAUUAGAUUAAUCAUAAUAAAUAUAUGGAAUCAAUUAAAAAGCUCUAGGUUAGAUCAAGUUGUUGGAAUCGCACUUCCCCUAGGAAAAUGCCAAUAUGGUUCAAUUGCAUUUGGAGGAUCAGAUACUAGAUUUAUUAAUGGACCUUUGUUUAAUGUAACAUUAGAUACUUCGAAACAGACACAUAUGCCAAUUAACGUAUUAUAUAUUGGAGGAGUACCUGUUAAUACAACUGUAACUGAUUCAAUUUUUGACAUUAGAAAUGACAAAAUUUCUCUUGGAAAGGUUUCUCCUGAAUUCUUCAGCCAAUUCAAAGCCAAAAAGUCUAAGUCUAAAUCUGGUGGAUAUGUAGUGCCAAAUCCCAUUGAUGUAUCAUUUGAUGUGACAUUGGAUGAUGAUCAAAUAGUGCAAUUUACAUUGCCAAAUUCUACAAUCUGUGCAAGUAAUGCUGGAACAGGAAAAGGACCAAAAAAUUGUUUAUCUAUUUUUGAUGACAAAGGUGGACCUAAAGGUGAGAUUAUUCUUGGAAUACCAUUUAUUAAGAUCGACCUAGGAAAAAAACUUAUGAAAUUUGCUGAUAGAAAGGCUACUUGCCCACCUCCUAUCCCGCCUGUUACGGCUGCAGUGACCGAGGCUAACACAGCGUCUAAAACGGCUACAGUGACAGCGUCUAAAACUCACUCGACUAAUAAAUCGGUUAGAACGGCUAAAACAACUAAAACGGCGGAUCAUACAAAAACAGAAAAUCGCCAUCAUACGGAUCAUCCAACAAAGCCACAUGAAACUCAUGAUCCUCAUGAUAAAAAUGAUCCUCAUGAUAAAAAUGAUCCUCAUGAUAAAAAUGAUCCUCAUAAUAAAAAUCCUCCUCAUCAUAAUAAUCCUCCUCCUCAUCAUGAUAAUAGUCAUGGAGAUCAUGGAGGAGGAAGAGGACACCGUGGACUACAUUUUGGAAAUUUGUUCGGAAGUGCAAAUGAUCUUUUAAAUCAAUGGUCUGAUACUGUUAAUACUGCUCUUGACGCAUAUGAUAAUUUUAAUACUUUGAGAGACACUUUUACUUAUGACAUGGCAAUAAGUGGAGCACAAGCUGGUUUAUUAGGUCUUAUGGGCAUGAAUGAAUUUAUGCAUUCUUCCGAUAAAUCUUCUGGCGGUAGUAAAUCUAGUAAAUCUCCUGGCGGUGGUAGUGGUGUUGUAGCAUAUUCUGGCGGUGAUAAUGGUGGU